AUGUCGGAGCUGCACAUCGUCGGCGAGAUACAGUGCGGUCACGAUUUUGGCGACAGCAGCUACUUCUGCAGCUACGAGAUCAUAACGGGCUCGCAGUGGACCGCCGUCGAGGGGCGUACCUCCGGUUCAACACACGUGAUGCGUAGCGGCAGCGACGGCAUCCCGUGGAACUACCCCAUAGAUGUGCACUACAGCUUCAACGGCGUGCAGGGUUGGCCGAAGAUCGCGAUUCAAGUGUGGCAACUGGAUGACUACGGCUGCAAGGAUAUUGGUGGCUACGGCACCGCGUACUUUCCCAUGCCUGGCGUCGGGGAGCAGGAGCUGUGCCUGUCGACGUGGAGGCCGAAUUUGUGGAGCUCCAGCGCACUCGUGCGUUUGUGGCAGACGCUUCGCCUGUCCGUCAUGGGCGGCUACCCGGUGCUCCGCGACAACUCUCUCAUUGCCGACAACGAACAGCGUUUCAAGCUGCACACGGUGACAAGCGGCACCGUGAAGAUGUCCUUCACAGUGAUGGGACGUGGUAUGAGGCAGGCAGGUCUCAUUUACGCAUAA